GCCAAACAGACCAUGGAGUGGAGUACCCAGAGCUCACGCCUCCCAUAGCUGCGCUGGCCAGUGACGAACAAAACGGCUUGCUAAUCACGACUGGCAUAGACGGUGGGACUCGAUGCUGGCAACUGGACGUCUGCGUCUCUUCACGAGCGCCUUGUCUGGGCUGGAGCAUUCGCCCGUUGGACGCCUACAGACCUUCCAUCAUCUACUGCCCUCUGCGGGUGUUGCAUGCCCUCCUCUCGACGCCCACGACGAACGAGCAUGCGACCGCUCCGGACACCGGCUUUCCGCGCCUACAGUACGGAGCCAGAAGUCGCGGAGCCUCAGUGGCGGAGUCGAGCUCGGCGGUUGUGCACGAGUCGAGCCAGAUCCGUGCGGGCAGUUUGCUCUUUCUGGUGCUCAGGGACGCCGAACGAUUCGCCUUUCCGGUGUCGGCGUUCGCCUGGGGCCGCAUGGGCCCCUCGCGACUCGACCAACCCGCCUCGGCGGCUCACACUGCCCCCGUGGAGACCGUCGGCCAGGUACCAGCCGGGGCCGGCGGCAAGUCCAGCCUCUUUGUCACCGUGGCGCCGGAGGAUGUUGACGGUGCCGUGCGGGUGUGGCGUGUGGAGGUGAGCGGCGAUCGCAGACAUCGUCCCGGCGAAGCGAACGUCGCCGAGGGCUCGGGCGGAAUCCGUCUCGUGCGCCGGCUCUUCUGCGCUCGACCCGACGUCGCAGGUCGAUGGUCUGUUGCCGCGGCUCUCGUUGACGCCAACGGUCGUCUGGUGGUGGCUCGCAAAAGGAUGGUCUGUCUCUUGGAGGAGCGGCGGCCACGAGGCCUCGUCCAGUCGGCCGAACCCCUCGGUUCACCAGACAACAAUCAGGGCGGACGUUCGGUGUCAAGGCCCUGGAAUCAGGCAGUUCACGACGCGAUGAACGAGGAGGAGGCUGUUUUGGUGAGUGGAGCGAAUAGAUCGGUCUUGGAGACGGGAAAAGCAGAAAAAGUAGGUAAGUAUCACCGGACGCCGGAAAAUGAGUCCUUCAGUCCUGUGACUCCGUCUUUCGUCUGUCGUGCGAGUGGCAGCUUUAGAAUGUGA